GUGCGUGGCAGCUUGAAAACUCGUAUUUUUAACUCUCUUCAGUUUUAACCCUGGUGCACUCUGGAUAUCAAUCUCUCCUCCGCCCCCUUUAUAAAUAUUUUACCAACCCCCGCCCAACCACCCUCUCUCUCUCUCUCUCGACAAGCUUCUCCUUUGCUCAUUUCUCUCCACCUAACACCUCUCUCUUAUAUUUAAACAACCCCAUUUCCAUUCCAAUCCUUGAAAAAGAAAAACACAAUCUUCUCUCUCUAACAACCCAAACAUGGCCUUAUCACACACCCUCUUCCACACAAUCUCCCCUCUCCACUCAACCAAAUCGCCCCACACUCAAAACCCAUCUCUCUUCCUCAGAUCCAACCGACCCCACAACCCCAUCUCCGCCGUUCACGCCGCCGACCCCAGCAAGACCACCAAAGCAACCCCGCCGCUAAAGUGGUCCAUUGACAGCUGGAAAACCAAGAAAGCUUUGCAACUCCCUGAGUACCCUGACAAGAAUGAGCUUGACAAGGUGUUGAAGACGCUGGAGGAUUUCCCGCCGAUUGUGUUUGCCGGAGAGGCGAGGCAUUUGGAGGAGAGAUUGGCUGAUGCGGCCAUGGGGAAGGCGUUUUUGCUGCAAGGAGGGGAUUGUGCUGAGAGUUUCAAGGAGUUUAGUGCUAAUAAUAUAAGGGAUACUUUCAGGAUUAUUCUUCAGAUGAGUGUUGUUCUCAUGUUUGGUGGUCAAAUGCCUAUUGUUAAGGUGGGAAGAAUGGCUGGUCAGUUUGCCAAACCCAGGUCAGAUACACACGAGGAGAAGGAUGGAGUGAAAUUGCCAAGUUAUAAAGGGGACAACAUAAACGGUGAUGCUUUCGAUGUUAAAUCCAGAACCCCAGAUCCUCAAAGACUCAUAAGGGCUUAUACUCAAGCUGCAGCAACACUAAAUCUUCUCAGGUCCUUUGCAACCGGAGGUUAUGCUGCAAUGCAGAGAGUUACACAAUGGAAUCUUGAUUUCGUUGAAAACAGUGAGCAAGGAGAUAGGUACCAGGAAUUGGCUCACAGAGUUGAUGAAGCUUUGGGAUUUAUGGGUGCUGCAGGCUUAACUAUUGACCACCCUAUAAUGGCAACAACUGACUUUUGGACUUCCCAUGAGUGCCUGCAUUUGCCUUAUGAGCAAGCCCUCACUAGAGAAGAUUCAACCUCUGGCCUUUACUAUGAUUGUUCUGCUCACAUGAUCUGGGUUGGGGAGCGCACUCGGCAACUAGAGGGGGCACAUGUGGAGUUUCUACGAGGAGUUGCUAAUCCCCUUGGAAUCAAGGUUAGCCAGAAGAUGGAUCCAAAAGAGCUAGUUAAGCUUGUUGAAAUUUUGAAUCCUAGCAACAAAGCUGGUAGGAUCACUGUGAUUGUAAGAAUGGGAGCUGAGAACAUGAGAGUCAAAUUGCCUCAUCUGAUUAGAGCGGUGCGUAGUGCAGGGCAAAUUGUGACUUGGGUCUGUGAUCCAAUGCACGGGAACACCAUAAAGGCACCAAAUGGAUACAAAACGCGCCCAUUUGAUGCUAUACUGGCUGAGGUUCGAGCCUUCUUUGAUGUUCAUGAUCAAGAAGGUAGCCACACUGGAGGUAUUCAUCUUGAGAUGACGGGACAAAAUGUGACAGAAUGCAUUGGCGGGUCACGCACAGUGACUUAUGAUGACUUAAGCUCCCGCUACCACACGCAUUGCGACCCAAGACUUAAUGCUUCUCAAUCUCUCGAGCUGGCUUUCAUUGUCGCUGAGAGACUUAGGAGGAGAAGGGUCAAAUCCCCAAGCUCACUCCCAUCUUUAACCUUCUAGGUGCCUAGCAUAAUUUUUCUGUUGAACUGCCAAGUAGUCGUAAGCUUGUCAUGGUGGUGUAAAAUAAAUCUGAGACUGGCCAACUGCAAACCGUGCUUUCGAUGCGGGUUUGCAGGAAACCUAAGAUAUGCAUUCAAUUCGCAGUUGUGGUAGUUAUUGGUAUGUGAUGUUAUAUGAUAGAAUGAAUUAUUGGAGUA